UUACCACUAUAGACAUCUCUAGAAAAACAAAAAUUCCAUAAGGUGAAAAAAAAAUCUGAACCAAUAUGACAACUCGGCAAAAAAAGCGUGAAGAGCUUGAUGAGAGGGCAAAGCAAGGUGAAACCGUGGUUCCUGGUGGUAUUGGUGGUAAGAGUCUAGAAACUCAAGAACACCUUGCUGAAGGAAGGAGCAAAGGAGGCCAAACUAGGAAGGAGCAGCUGGAAUCGGAAGGAUAUCAUGAGAUGGGUAUAAAAGGAGGGCAGACUAGGAAGGAGCAGAUAGGAAUUGCGGGCUACCAAAAAAUGGGACGUAAAGGAGGUCACUCUACCAUGGAUAAGUCUGGCGAAAAGUAUGCUGCUGAGGAAGGCAUCGAUAUUAAUGAAUCCAAGUUUACCAACGAAGAAAAAUAGAUGUUAUGAAGUUGUUGCCUUGAUGCAUGUUCCCAUACUUAGUUGUUAAUAAUGU